AUGCCCUUCAAGAGUGAAUCCAGUGCGACUCUGCACGUGAUUGGCAAUCUCCUCCCAACGCUUGCUCUUGAGGUCACGGCCACUGUUCAUACUCCGUUUACUCCGUACGCAAGGAUGAACCACAGUGUCACGACAGCAUCAGAGACAUGUCAGGUUCGAGCAAUUGUGGACACGCUGUCGUCAAUGGUUGAAGACGCAAAAGCAAUAUUUUCAGAGGUAUCGCGCCUGAUCAACGUCUUAGAGGAUUCUCUAGGUUACCAUUCUCGCUUGGUUUCCUCUGUACCCAGGAUUCCCGUCGAGCUCUUGAGCGAGAUCUUCUCCCUAUCUCAAACGUCCGUCAUACCACAUCAUAAUACGGGCCUCCUACCCGUCCUCCCUCAUUCAUUAUCUGUAGUAACUGGUCCUAGCGGCUCCCUAAAUGUCGCUCAGGUCUGUAGCAAGUGGCGAGACAUUGCCAUCAACACCCCGAAGCUAUGGAAUAUGGUCGGCAUCGUACUCCAGGGUGAAUUCUUGUCCUAUAAGGACAUUCCUUGUCCUUACGAGCCACUGAAGAGGGCGGGGCAACUGCCUAUGUUUGUCACCCUUGAUGUAUCGAACUUAGGCAUGUUAAACCUGGAACAGGACAGCUAUGAAUAUUUUCAGGUGCCUAAUCCGACGUACGACACUAUCAGGGGAAUCGAUGUCCUGUCGCGGCAGGUACAUGUAAUACCGCUCUCUCAUUGGAUAUCUCAGUUCAGCUCCAUCACACGACUUUCUCUUCAUAACGUCGAGCUUGCGAGACUCGUGGCUCUCCACGGUGUCGUCGGCCUUGGCGACUUCUUCGAUCGUUUAACGCACCUUCACGUGCACGUUAAAAACAGACUAGAUUUGGAUGGAUUCUUACGGUAUCGCACAUGGGAAAACGUCACUUCUCUGACUCUGGACACGACACACUCAACAUGCUGGAGCGCCGUCUACGUGCAAUUCCUCUUCCGCAACUUUCCCAACCUGCUCGAGCUCUUCCUCGCAACCUGGCAGACAGAAUUCGGACAGGUCGACGAUAAGAUCACGGCAAGGACAUUGCGGUCGUUCGCUCUCGUCACAGGACCCCGCUGCGAUCCUCCAGAAGAAUUUAACCCGGAGGGACCUUUGAGGUUACUUGAUUCUUUGACCAUUCCCUCGCUUCGCGACCUCGUCCUUACUGCCCCGCCGUCAGGGGACCUCGGCUUUGUGAGCCGCUUCCUCAUGCGAUCGGGUUGCUCCCUGUCCAGCCUCACCUUCGUCAACUUCUCGGAGGAGAGAGACGUUUUCGCGCACACCGAGGAUAGUUCAAUUCGCCACGCCGGCGAUAUAGUACGAGAGGAAUUUGGCAUUCCAUCGGUGGAGUUCAGCUUUAGCCUAGGGGAGAGUCGGAUAUAUCAAGAGGCUAAGGAGAGAUGGUAUGAUGUGGACGGUUGGUCAACGUGA